AAUAAUACAAAUUUUUGGAAAAUGAAUGUUGAAGGUAAUUUGGAUGUUAAUAAUGGUGUAUUUCCCGAUAUACGCGACACUGUGGAUCAAAUCCUGCAAGCUGCACUACGAGAAUCGUCGGCAUCGUUAACAAUUGAAGAAAAACAAAAGUUUUUAAAAGCAAUACGUUAUAAACUUUUUACGCUAAUAGUUCAACAUAUGCAAAAUUUUCAGAGAUUGCUUAUUAUCUCCCGGCGGCGCAAUCAACAGCGUUUUAGACGCCGUCAAACAAUGAUGCGCUCUUUUUAUUUUCAAAAAAUGUUGGAAUGCGAUACAACUUUAAUAGAAUUUAUUUCUAAAGCACACAUGAGACAUUUCAAAGAAAUUAAGCAAACUAAAAAUACUGAUUCUGUUUCCACAAAACCCAUUCCUCGGAAUGUAUUUGACGAUCUUUCUUCAUUCACUCAACAACAAUGGCUGACUACGUUUCGUAUGUCAAAAGAAAACUUUGACGGAUUAUGUGCGCAACUAAAAAAUUUGAUACCGCCAAUACAAAAUCGAGCGCAAAUAGUGCCGCUCGAGAAGUGUAUCGCAAUUGGACUGUAUGCCUUAGCUAGUGGCGAUGAGUACACUCCCAUUGCUCGGCUAUUUGGUGUAGCCAAUAUAAUUGUUUACAAGAUCAGAGCGAUUUUUAUUGAGGCACUAUUAAAGAAACUUGGAAGCAAUUUAAUAAAAAUGCCUAAAAAGUCUGAAGAAUUCCAAGAAAUACGCACAACAUUCAAACAGGCAUCAAAUAUGCCAGCAUUGGUGUUGGGUGUUAUUGGAGCUUGUGAAUUACCAGCAAUAAAUAAAGCAGAAAAUCUGUGUAAGAAUCCUAUCACAUUUGAAGCACUUGUCGAUGACAGACUGCUAUUUCGUAAAAUACAACUCCAAGGCGAUGUUCCCAGUUUGUUUAUCGACGCUCCUAAUGAGAUACUUAAUAUGGAACUUCAGUUGGUUAAUGGAAAAUAUAUACCCUGUUUUGCGGUAUGUGCUACGCAAUAUUAUCCGUUGCGUCUAUGGCUAAUGCAUCAGUAUAAAAAUCCGAGUGCACCACAUGAAUUUGACUUUAAUGAAGCCAUUGAAAACUUGGUUAUAUUUAAGAACGAGGCAUUUCGUCGUUUGUUUUCGCGCUGGAAAAUUUUAACACGCAAUUAUGGCAUUGAACCCAACACUAUGACAUUAAUUACAACGGCUUGCGUUGCAUUGCACAAUCUGUGUGAGGAAAAUGAGGAAGAAUUCAACGAGGACUGGAGUGAAGGCGUAAAUUUAUGUGAUGAAAUCAGUUCUGGAAAUGUGAAAACCUUGCCAAACGCAACUGAAGCUUUAACUAUGCGAAACUUUCUUGCACGCACAAUUAGCUCAACCGAAAUGUAGCUCUAGAUUAUUAUAUAAUAGUUUGUGGAGAAAUGCUGCUUACUUAAAUAAGUUACCACUCUUACAUGCGCGAUAAAAUGUAGUUAUGAACAAACAAAAUUCAAUGGCUAAAAUGCGCCGAAGUACUGAUAUUUUUAAGAAAAAUGCAUUCCAAACUUUAUAAGGGGCAGUAGUGUUUGUGGAUAUUAGCAAUUUAUCUCCAAUUGCAUGAUGUGCUCCAGUUUACAUAAAGCGCCCAGAAUAUCAAGCAACAUAAUCGACAAAAACGAUUGCAACUUCAUUAGUUGCAUAUAACCAAUAUUCCAGAUUAUACACUUUACAAUAAUUAAUAAUCUCUAUUUACAUUUUAUUC